UCUAGUCUGACUGAGUCCAACUUUUGAUUUGACAUUGACAAUUUAUAAUGGGGUGUAUUUGCAUUUACUUAUUUGUGUUUGUUUUUUAUCUUGUCGAUGCUAAAAAAUCGACAUUCAAAGCGGCAGUUUAUGAACAUGCGGUUAUCAAACCUACCAAUAAGGAACAUCCGGCUAACAGAUCCACUGCAUUAAAAGAUAUGAUGAAAAAUAUUGACAUUUACAAGGAACAAGCUACACUAGCAGGCAAACAGAACGUGGAUAUCAUGGUUUUUCCUGAAUAUGGUAUUUCUGGUACUUUGAAAAUAUCACGAGAAGGUAUAGCAUCAUAUCUUGAACAUAUUCCUGAUCCGGAAGAAAACUGGAAUGCAUGUCAGGAUCCGGACAAGUACGAAGACACAGAUGUACAGAGACAUUUAAGUUGUCUGGCUAAAGACACGUCAAUGUUUCUUGUGGUGAACUUUGGUGAUCGUCAGCCAUGUGAUAUAGGAAAAGAUCCGAACUGUCCAAAAGACGGACAUUAUCAAUUCAAUACCAACGUUGUUUAUAACCCUAGGGGUGAUCUGAUUGCAAAAUACCAUAAAAUACAAUUAUAUGGGGAGAAACAUUUUGACGUACCACCAGUAACAAAACUGGUGACAUUUGAAACACCAUUUGGUAAAUUUGCUGUCUUUAUUUGUUUUGAUAUUCUUUUCAAAACACCUGCAAUCGAUGUAUUGAAGUUAGAUGGUGUUGGGAAUGUUGUUUUUCCUACAGCGUGGAUAGAUGCUCUCCCUUUACUUGCUGGCAUUCAGUUUCAUUCUGCGUUUGCAGCCAGCGCGAAGGUUAAUCUUCUAGCAGCAAACAUAAACUGGCCAGAGAAGAGAUUUCAUGGAAGUGGAAUAUAUUCCCCAACAGGUUACAAAGCUUUCCAAUACAACGAAUCCCUCGGAGGAAAGCUUUUAAUUGCUGAUUUACCUAUCGUAAAGACAAAUGCAUUCGUGUCCAACUUACAAAUACCAGUUAUUAAGAAUGAAAAGUCAUCAGUUAGUUCUGGUCAGUUCCGAUCUGACGUUCGACGUGAUCCAUUUAUGUUUGUUCUUAUACAGAACAAUAAGGGCAAUGUAAGUGUGUGUGAUGGAAGAUUGUGCUGCUUUCUGUCUUAUGAACGAUUAGGUAGUGACUCAGAAUAUUUUGCGUUUGGUGCAUUUGAUGGUCUUCACAAGUCGACAGUAAAACCUUAUUACAUGAAAGUGUGCACGCUUCUAAAAUGUAAAACAGAAAAUAGAACUAGCUGUGGAAAUCCAUUUGUAAAAGAAUCACUAACUAAUUUCACGAGCAUAAAAUUAAAGGGAUCGUUUGAAACUCGGUACGUAUUUCCUGAAGUUCUUUUGGCAGAUAAUGGUCAACUAAAACUUUCUUCUGGCGAUUUUUGGACAUAUAAGGAUGGAAUUUUAGAAUCGAAACAGGGUUUUGAACACCCUGUCUUAUCCGUUUCAUUGUUUUCAAGAGACUAUGAAAGAGAUGAAAGAGACAAAAUAAAUGGUGGAAACUGUAUUUAUUCUAAUCUCUUCCUAAUAUCUGUUGUCGUUAUCGCCACAUUUUGCAUUGAGUAAAUUUUAUCUUAUGGCUAAGAAAAUGCAGAGAAUAUUGCACAUUCCGUUUGCUUUUUUUUGAAGGGAUUGGGAGUGUAGAGGUUUUGUUUAUCCAUCAAGGGUUUUAACUUCUAUAAUACAUACAACUAUUAUUACUUUGUAUGAUUUUUGAUUUGAGUUUCUUUUAUAUAUUUCGGAGUAAAGUACGACGUCCAUUGUCACUGAACACAUUUUGUUUAGGAGCAUGCUUAGGCCCGGUGUGGUGCGAUAUGGAGACACAUUGGCGGCCUACAGCUGUUUUCAGCUUUUUUGGCGGGGUUGUUUUCUCUU